AUGGCUGACUUUGACGAUGAUGGUUUUGAAAUCACAGAGGACAUUUUGACACAACUUAAUGAUAUCGAAAUAUCAUUGCUAAACAAUAGUUUUCAACUGAGUUCGGAGGAUGAAGAUGACUAUCAAAUAUUACCCACAAAAAAAAAGAGGCGUCGUAUAAUUCAAUCAGAUAGUGAGAUCAGCGAACAUGAGGCAGUUGGUCCAGAUACUUCAGGAAGUACACCAUCAACGAAUGUUUGGACUGAACCAAAAGGUAAUCAACGCAAGAUUAUUCCUUUCACCGAAAUUUCGGGUGUUCCAUUGCACGUCAAGUUAUCAAUGUCUAAUAUGUCACCCGUAGAUUUUUAUUCGCUGUUUGUAACCGACGAUAUACUUCAACAAAUAGUGAAUCACACUAAUUGCUAUGCUAUAGCUAAAAUAACGAAUAUGCCUGAAGCUACUCCCAGUGCACGUAUUAGAAAGUGGCAUCCUACAAACUUGACAGAAAUGAAGCAAUUUUUUGGCUUGAUUUUAUUUAUGGGUUUGGUGAAGCUUGUCAAAUUGGCGGAUUAUUGGUCAAAAGACAAAAUAACCGGGCACCCGUUUUCGAGAACUGUGAUGUCUCGCAACCGUUUUGAAUUGCUUUUGCAAAUGCUUCAUUUUUCUGACAAUGACGACCAUAACAAAGAAGAUCGGUUGCAUCGAGUUCGCCAGCUAAUCGAAAAUCUAAACGCUAAUUUUAAAAAAAAUUAUACACCUACUGAAGACAUCUGUAUCGAUGAAAGCAUGGUGCCAUUCCGUGGAAGGAUAAUAUUUCGUCAAUAUAAUAAACAAAAACGUCAUAAAUAUGGCAUAAAGGAGUUUAAACUAUGCACAAUUCCGGGAUAUACCUAUAAAGUAAGCAUUUACGCAGGUAAAAAUGACGAGACUAAUAAUACACCGACGAAUGUUGUUAUGUCUUUGUGCGGAGAUUUGUUGAAUAAAGGACAUACUCUUUAUACGGACAACUGGUAUACAAGUGUAGAUUUGGCACGACAGCUAAUAGACCAAGAAACGCACCUGGUAGGCACCAUUCGCAAAAAUAGAAGACAGUUGCCUAAAGAUGUUGUUACAGCUAAACUUAGAAAAGGCGACUUUGCUGCAGCCGAGAGCUUCGAUGGAAUAACUAUGAUGAAAUGGAAGGACAAGCGUGACGUAUAUGUGCUAUCCACGAAGCAUUCAAUACAAUUUCACGAUAUCAAUAAACGUGGCAAAAUUGUUUCAAAGCCAAAAAUUGUUGUAGACUAUAAUAAAGUGAAAGGGGCAGUUGAUUUGGCUGAUCAAUUGGCUGCUUAUUCAACACCUUUGAGAAAAUCGCUGAAGUGGCACAAGAAGCUUGCGAUUAAUUUAUUGCUCAAUACUACAUUGGUAAACGCCUAUAUUUUGUAUCAAAAAGUUACAAAUAAAAAGAUUCCUAUAAGUAACUUUAGAAAAAGUAUUGUGGAAUCUUUUUGUAUGCAGACAAAUAUACAAGAAAUUCAGGAUGAAAGACCUAAGAGGUUGAAACACAAACUGGUGAAGAAAGAAGGAAAGAGUUCAAUUGUUAGGAGAUCUUGCUCUCAGUGUUAUAAGAACAUUGUACAGAGUCAAGGAAGAAAACAGGCUAAAAACAAAGUGAAAAAAGUGCAAACGUUUUGUGAUGAUUGUCCAAACAAACCAUUUUUGUGUUUGGAUUGCUUUAAUAAAGCCCAUCGUUUCGCUUAA